UCCUUGUAAUUCCUAUCAUAGCAAAAACAACAUAUAUUGCAUUACCAUAAUAUCCUCAUCUUCAUUAUCUUUUUUCAGUUCCUCUCUUAGCUUUCAACUAUCAUCCACUGAGUACUCUCCUCAUUUGGAUGUUGUUGUUUGCUUAAGAAGGAAAACACUCCUAUUUAUUUUUAUCAUCUCAAGAUGUCAGCAGCAACAAUGAGCAUCAAGAACUUCAACUCAACUUUGAAGAUGGAAGAUAAGGGUAUACCACUACCCCCACCACUACCCCCAUUAUCUAAGGCAGGCAAAGCAAAACAACAAGGCAUAAUGUCCAUUCUUGGAUCAGACAACAACAAAGCAGCUGCAGUAGUUUCCAUUAGAAGAACUCUUUCAGCUGAUAUGUCAUCCAAAAAAUGGCUUUCACAAAAUGGAUUCUUCUCCCCUAUGAAGAAAAUUGCCUCCUCGGAAGAGCUUGCUAAUCUUGGACAAGAUGAUGUUUGGAAAUCAAUCCAAAAUAGUAGUAACAAAGCAGAGCCAAUUACAUCAGUUGAUGUUUGGAGCUCUAUUUUAACUCAAAAGAAAGAUGACUCAUCAGCCACAGUUCCACCUCCUUAUAUUCACCCUCUCUUAAAAAAAUCCAGCUCUUUGACUGAGAAAAGUCUUAAAAUUUGUACUGAAAGUCUUGGAUCAGAGACUGGCUCUGAAAUUAACCUUUCCUCUUACCCACCCUCUGAGUCUGAUGAUGACAAAGACGAUCAUCAACAACAACAAGAAUUCAUCUCUCACUCAUUUGAGGAAUUUCCAGUUGUUAAGUACAAUCAUAACAAAAGAUCAUCAUCUACUCCUAAGUCAUUCCCUCCUCCUAUUUCUUCCUUGGCUGCAGAGGAUAAACCCUCUGUUCACAUGCAAUCUCACAGGCAAAAUGGUAGAUUGAUUCUUGAAGCUGUUUCAGUUCCUUCCCAGAAUCUUUUCCGUACCCAACGCGUUGAUGGCCGCCUUCUUCUCACCUUAAUCAGCACUAAUCCUACUUCAGAAACAGAGGAUAAUCAAGAAGUUGCAGAGUUUGAGAAAGUGUUCGACGAAAUGCAAGAAGUUGAAUAUAAUGAACCACCUCAGUUAGACUAUGAUGGUGAUGAUGGUGAUGAAGAAGAAGAUGAAUAUGAAGAGGAGGAUGAAGAUGAAGAGGAAGAGGAAGAGGAGGUGGAGGAGAAAGAAAAUGGGACAAAAGGGAUGCAAAUUGUGUUGGAACAAAAACCAAGAUUGUCAAAUGGUAGGAUGAAUGUGAACACAUCAACAUUGAUGAUGAAACAACUAAUGGGACUAGAGAAAAAGAAUCAUCAUCUAAAAUGGUCAAACAAAGAGAAUGAAAUAACCCAAGUUCCUCAUUCACUUCCACCAAUUUCUCAGCUGAUUACAUCAUCACCAAAUCCACCUUCAGCAGCAGCUUCUUUCAAUGCCUAUGAGUAUUUCUGGAGGAAGAAUCCCACUAUUGUUAACAACUACAAUGAUGACAAGCAGGUUGUUGUUUCAGCCCCCAAUAGUACUACUCCCAAUGCCAACGGUACUACUACAAAGAUAACAUCUUAUGAGCAGAAAGAUUUGGUGCUAAUGAGAGGAAACAAAGGAAAUAUCAAUAACUUGGUGCCUUUGUUGAAAGGAUGCAAAGAACCAAGGAGAUCUCUUCUCAUUUGGGAGCCUCACUGCAUUGCCACCUCCUAAUAAUCAUCAUCACUUGUCUAAUCCCAGUGUUAAUUAAUUAGAUCAUAAUAUGUAAUCACAUAAGUAUAAUAUCAUAAUAAUAAUAAUAAUAAAUGGAGUAAUGUAUCAUUUAGAAAUAUAAUUUUUCCUCUCUUUGUUAGUACGUCUAGUUUUUACUCUUUUUGUCAAAAAAGAGUUUCCUGUAGCCAAAUAAACAAAGAGAGAGGGAGAGAGAUAAAUUAUCAAUGUCUUUGAUUUUAGUGGAUUGAACAAGGAAAACAUAUAGAAGAUUUUUAGUUGUUUUCGAAACCA